AAAAAAAAAAAAAAAAACAACUCCGUUUUGUCUUCUCUUAGAAAUUGGCCGUAUUAUUCAUACUCUCCUUCUCUUUCUACAACGCAGACUCUCUUUUCUCCUUCUUUUCUUGUUUUUUUUUUUCAGUUAAAUAUGGAGUAUGGGGCUACGUUAAUUUUAGUCAUACAUUUGAAUGAGCUAAGACGAGGUUUUGGUCAAAUGUUAUUCGUUCUUCCUAUUUUAAGGCACUGAAACAGAGCUUUGGCUUGUCGAAGAAACAGAAAAUCUUUACAUUAAAGUUGAAAACAAAUUAAUCUUUCAUAACAAAAACAGAACAAAACGAUGUUGCAGGACGUCAUUCAUCCACCUUCAGACCAUCUCCAAAUUGAUGAUGUUUCGAGCCCAUUUAAUGCUCAGAUUUUGGAAUUCUGUGACCCUGAAUUCUUCCAGGAAACCCUGCAAAAUUCUGAUGUCACUUCAAGCUCAAACUGUUGUUAUGAGGAGAAUUCUUCUUAUGCAGCCAGUCUUUCGUUGCCGCCAGAUUUUGAAAAGUUCAACAACAAUUGCCAAGAUAACAACAAUAAUGGCAAUACUAGCACCGCAACCCACAAAACCACUAGUACUACUACCACAACUACGAGCACUGCCACCACUGCCGCUGCAAAUACAAACAAUAUCAGUAACAACAAUAACAACAGUUUCUCCAUAAUUUUUGACUCCCAAGAUGAGCUCGAUAACGAAAUUUCAGCUUCUAUAGACUUUUCUUCAACUCCUACAUUUUCUAUUCCUCAAUUUGUCACUACCCAGCAAGACCAAUUUGAUUUUUCUUCUGUUCAACAUCAACUCUCACUUUCUGACAUGAUUUCUGCUAAUGGCCUAACCCAAUAUCCUGCUGACUCUGCUGUCCCAUUUAUGGGGCCUCCUUUGACAUCAGUUUUUGAAGAAGAUUGCUUGUCUUCAAUUCCUUCUUAUUUACCCCUCAACCCUUCAUCUCCUUCGUGUGCAUUUCUUGGUCCUGCUAUGAGCACUUACAUGUCUGCUGCUGGGACGAUGACUGCUUCGUUAUCUGUUGACAGUUCCGGAAUUUUUGCUGGCGGAAUUUUUCUUGGUUCUGAAUUGCAACCACAAGAAAUGGAAUAUCAAGGUGAAAACGGCGGAAUUUACUGUCCUGAUUCAAUUCCUCGAGUCUUUAACCCAGGAGACCUACAGGCACUUGGCAAUGAAACUCAGCAAUUGGUGGGUGGGGCAGCUAGUUCUACUCCUUUGACAAACGAAAUUUCAAGUUUGGAAGAUUCAAGUUUCAAAGUUGGCAAACUUUCUGUUGAGCAAAGGAAGGAGAAGAUCCAUAGGUACAUGAAGAAAAGAAGUGAAAGGAAUUUCAGCAAGAAAAUAAAGUAUGCCUGUCGCAAAACAUUAGCAGACAGCAGGCCUCGAGUAAGAGGAAGGUUUGCAAAGAAUGAUGACUUUGGAGAAACCACCAGAGCUGCAUGCAGCAAUCAUGAAGAGGAUGACGAAGACGAAAUGGUAGUGAAAGAAGAAGACGACAUGGUGGAUUCAGCAGAUAUCUUAGCUCAUAUCAGUGGUGUGAACUCCUUCAAAUGCAACUAUUCAAUCCAGUCUUGGAUUUGAUUAACUUUUGAAGCAUCAAGCAUCUCUACAAUUUUGCAGAUGACCCUAUUUCUGUCAGGAUCAUAUAUAUUUGUUAUCCAGGUUUAUUCAUUAAAACAGAAUAACUAGGGUCCUAAUAUAAGUAUAGUAACUAUAUGUAUAAUUCAGCCAGGAUAAUCUAGAAAUUGGAAUAACAAUGUAAUUAUUGUAGAUACCCUAUUUUCCAAUCUCUCCAAGAUUGAUCCCACAGCCCGUAAAAUCCUGUGGCACAUUUCUUGGCAGCAGAGGAGUACUAGUUGAAACAUGUUUAUGAGUAGUUGCUUUUGUUUAUUGUUUGUGUGAUUUGUAUCCCAACAUCUGAAAUACUUGAUACAUUUAACACAAACUUAUUUGAAACAACAUGGAGGAUUCUAUUACUUA